GUCACAAGUCGGUCGACAGCCAGCGCACACAUAAGUUAUGGAGCCAUGGAUCUGUAUAUCCUGAAUCAGCACUCGUCCAGCUUUCCCAGGAUCGCCAUCUGGGCCACAUGUGGCCUGUUGCUAUUAAGCUACCAAGGAUGUCAAGCGAUACCUGGCGGAAGCAGCGGAGAGCGCGUCCACAUACGUCUCCAUAUGCCGGAGGUGGUGCGUCAGCAUACGCAUUUCCACAAUGUCUACAAGUUACCGAGGAAAGUUCACCCAGUUCCAGCGCCACCACCCACAACGAUUGCAUCAAUGCAUCCGCAUUUCGUGGGAAAACCCCAUGUUCAACUUUUGGGCUAUACAACGGCAGUGGGAAAUUCGGGACCAAUGGCUUCCAAUAUAAUGCAGUUGAUGGGAACGGCGACCACGCCCACUAUGAUGGCAACGCCAACCAAUUUAAUGCCCAACUAUGGUCCGGCAUUAUUCGAUAAUUACAAUCAGGAGUCGGCUUUGAGUGCCACAACUACCACAACGACAAUGAGACCUCAGAUCUUGAAAGCCUCCAAGCAGCAACAAUUGCUGCAACAAAUUUUCACACCUCAAAUAAAUGGAGAUGAGGAUACCUCAGCGGAGGAUAAUCAAGUGGAGAGCAACUCAUUACUCAAUAAUAAUUUCCUUGAGGCACUGCAAAGGGAAUAUUUUGCAAAGUUCGGCGGACGACGCAAACGCAAAAAAUCAAGUUCAAAGUUAAGGAAUCCCAACAAGGAAUAUUUGAAUAGCUAUAGAAAUAAGCCCUACUACUAUCAGGAUGAGGAUUUGUCCGAGAACUUUGAAGAUUAUCCAGAAGAACAGCCACAUCAUGAGGAUUACGAGGAAGUGAUGGUGAUGAGUGGUCCCCAUAAAUAUGGACGUUAUUAUCCAUCAGAAUCGGAGGAAACAGAUCAGGAUCACGCACAUGGUUAUGAUAGUGCUGUGGCCUUCAGUGGUCAGGAUAAUAGCAUUUCAUCCUCCAUGCCAACAAUGGAGGAAUUUCUUCAUGAUGCAAACAACCCGGCAUCUGGUUAUGGUGUAGGUGGAAACUUUGAACCUUACAGCAACUCAAAUGAUAUGUAUUCCCAACCCUGGCAGCCAUCCUCAACGAGUGCCACAAUGAGCAAUAGUUGGUCGAGACCCACUGCCAAUUCCUUUAACAAUUCCUCAAAAGGGCCAAAAUCAAGACCUGCAAUAUCAAGGGGUCGAACUAAAGUUCGGUAUGUCAAGUUGAUCACUAGGAAAAAACGCAAAAGUCACAUUCGUACAAAAAGAUAUCGACCAUAAUCUGAGAUGGCAUUUGUAAAAGGGUAAAUGACUCACUCUUUUAUAGUUUAUUUUAAUUAUUUAUAAAUGAUACCAAAAAUUUACCAUGUGGCCUGAUUUUCAAACGUUAAACAGUUGAUAGAGUAUCUUAUUUCUUAAAAUUUAAAACUAUUUAAGUCUUACCCCUUAUAUAUAAUCUUUAAUAUCAUCAAUUGAUUUGCGGCUCUUACCUGAAAUGAGAAAUAAU